AUGGUGUCAGGUGCCCAGACCGCCGCGAGCGAGGGUGCCGGCCAUCAAAGCGACCCUGCAGCGGCGGCAGCAGCAGCAGCAGCAGCAGCAGCCGAGGACCACUACGAGGAUGAGGUUCUACCGAGCAAAGAAGAACUAUACUUGCUGCUGUCGACCAUCGAGUUCUUUUCUGUUGGAUCCGGCCCAGUUCUUGAAACCACGGCAAUAAGCAUCGACGACGCUUGUGUCAUCUUCUUGGAGUACUAUUCUCGCCACCACCUGCUUUUCCCUCUCCUCCAAGACAUCACAACUGUCGUCAAAGACUGCCAGUCGUGUCCAUUGCUCUUCUGGGCCGUCGUCGGCAUCACUCGUCGUGACCUGGCUGUUGGGCUGACUGAUGCGAUCAAAAGACUCGCAGGGAGCGAGCUGUUUCGGAACGCAACUCCAUCCAUGACACUCAUCCAUGCUCUUCUGAUUCUGUCGUACUGGCCGCUUCCGUACAGCGCGUCGAGCGAAGACCCGUCGUGGCUCUACUGUGGAGCGGCUGUCCACAAGGCUCUUGCUCUGGGCUUGCAUCGACCGGCUUUUCUGGCCGACUUUGUCAAUUGGAGCCUUCCGAACCCAAAGGCAAUCCUGACACGUCAAAAGACGUGGAUUGCAUGCUUUAUCGUCAACCAAAUCGUGAGCAGCAUUCUAGGAAUUCCUGCAACGAUAAAGGUCGACCAUACCAUCAACAAAGCCUUGAGAGAGUGGCCAGAGCAGCUACCCGUCAUUCUGAAACACUUGCUCAAUAUAUCUAUCAUUUCAUCCUCAUUUACCCAUACCCUGGGCCAUUUCGACGGCACUCCGGACGGCCUUUUCCCCGAGUCAGAUCUGGUAAUGCCGGUUUUUGAAGCAGAUCUGGACGCUCUCGAGGCCCGAUUUUGGGACGAGUGGGAUCCCACAGUGCGAAUCUUCUUCGUCUGGACCAGACUCCGUCUCUAUUCCUUCUCUGUGACAUCUCUCCAGGAGGAUUCAUCGAGCGUCGACCCCCUCGGAGCUAUGAAGCGCGAGAGAGUGGCUUUUAUGGCUUCGCGAGCGUUUUCGGCAGCGACCUCUGCCAUUGACAUGGUCUGUGAUGCUCCGAAGAGCGUCCCUCCCCGUGGAAAUAAUUCUUCAUUGCAAAACACUAACAGCAGCUUUGUGGACAACACGGUGGACCUUGGGCGACCGUGGACGGGUUUCGAGAGAGCAGCCCUGGUGUACGCCAUCAUGUACCUUUUGAAACUGAGUCGCUUUUUAUCAUUUCCGGCUCGUGGAAGCAAGCUUGCUGACAAUGCGAUCCGGAAGGGUCUCACGGUCCUAAAGGGGGACAGAACCACUCUCAAACACGAUGGCGUCUCGCGAAUCUGCGAUAUUAUCGAGUUUGUGUGUCGAUUGCCGUCGGACAGUGAAGCCCACAAAGGGGGAGGGGGACAACGACGACUUGAUGCAGCCGGAACCGAAGCAACCUCGUCGUCGUUAUCGAGACCAGGAGGACGACAGGUGCGCUCAAGAAUGAGCCAGAACCUCGCUUAUGACAUCGUCAGAUCGGCCCUCUCACGAUUUGAAGGCGAAGAAGGGGGCAAGAAGUACCCUUAUUCCAGCAAAGGCAGCAACAUCAACAUCACGGCCGAUGACGAUAAUGGUGAUGACGGCACAACGAGAGUUGAAAUCGAUGACAGGAGAAACCAGUCAACGAAUUCUGCUGCGAGUAGUGGUACCGCGAAAGGAACGGACGUAGAUGUCGUGGGCGCGAAUAUGGCACUGUCCUCACUCCCACCAGGCACGCGCGAUGAUGGAUUUGAGAGCGAACCAGACAUUGGAACAGUUGGUUUAUUAUUAAACACACUCGAUUUUCCGGCAAAUGACAUGUUCUGGACGGACUGGGAUCUGGCCUUUUCCGACAUGGACAUAAUACCGAACGGGGGAACUUAA